AUGAAACACUCUGAGUAUAAAUACUGUAGAACUUCUUCACAUGUAUCCAGCAGAGCAUCAAUCACUCGUUUGCAAGUAACCUCAAAAACACACUCAUAUACCACAAAACAGCAUCCUCCCAACUCAACAAUAAUGUCUAUCCCUUCUCACCCGAAACUCGAAGGCUUUGAUAUCAUUCAAGCCACAUACAAGCAGAUUGGCGACCAUGCCAUUCGAGUGGACAUCUUGAUUCCUCAGACGACCUACUCAGGCAAACGCCCGACCUUCGUCCGCACCCAUGGCGGCGCCCUGGUCGCUUGCGACUCACUAUUCAUGGACUUCUUCCCCCACUGGGCAUCAGACCUAGCCCUCAAACACGGUGCCGUGAUCGUGAGCCCUAACUACCGGCUCAUGCCCGAGUCCACUAGCUCAGAGAUCUUCGACGACAUCGACGAUUUCUGGAAAUGGCUGCACUCACCAGCUCUAACUGAUUUGCUCGCCAACCACACCACACCCACCGAAAUUGAUCUAACCCGCAUCCUCACAACCGGUGAUUCCGCAGGCGGUUUGCUAAGCCUCUAUCUCGCCCUGACCUAUCCAACCCAGAUCCGUGCCGCAACGGCCGGCUACCCGUGGGUGAACCCCAGCUCAGCGGGAUUUCAAUCGUCACGCACAAUCUUACCAUUCGGCGUACAUACGGAUGAAUCUGUUAUCGACGUCACCGUGGCUGCCGCAGCUUCUGGCCAGAUCGUGUCCUCGGAUCUCUCGCCUUCCCGACUCGCAUUCAUGCUUGCGGCUGUUGAACACGGCCGUUUGGCCGGAUUUUAUGAGCGCCAGAAGGAGGGAUCCUCUCGCCGAGAGUUAUUUUACCCUGCGAAGAAACUGGAAGAGCCGGGAUUGAGUAUCCCGCGCGGAGGCAUUGCCAUCUGGCAUGGUCGUCAGGAUACUGUGGUUCCUCUGGAGGAUGUGGAGGAGUUUGUGGUGCAGUUACUCGAGGCUACGAAGGGUCUGCCGAGUGGUGAUAAGGCUGUGCUGGCAUUGAGGGAUGGGGAUCAUGGUUUUGAUAUGAGUUCUCGGUAUGAGGAGGAGUGGUUGCAGAACGCUCUUAAGUCGGCGGUGGAGACUUGGCUGGAGUGA